CGAUUCCUUUACUUGCAUCCCUAGUCGCGCAUAAUUUUACACAAAAUUUUUGAUUUUGUACUCUGGAUAAACUAUUUCAAUUCGGUGUUUGAUUGGUUUAAUUAAUGAAUCUUUAUUCAUUUUGCGAAUGCUUAUUUUCGAGCGGAAACUCUAAACUGUGAGAAAAAUCUUUGGAGAGCUGCGAAAAAAAGUGAAAAGUGAAACAAGAAGAAGCAGCAGACUUCGCAGCGAGUAGUGCGAGCGUGUGUGUGUGUGCGUUUCUUACGUUGCAAACAAAAAUUUGUUAAAAAGAAAUUUCGAUUGGCGGCGACAGCGGCGCUUGUAACCCCUUUUUUUUUUAACACCGCUAAUGCGCAGCAUUGUUGCUCCUCCAGAAAUGAUAAUGAAAGAUGCACGAAUAUGACGUAAAUGAGCGCAAAGAGGAACCAGCCAGUCUUCCACUGCCACGCAGCGAUACCAGUGACACCAGGAGCACCAAUAACAGCGAGACUCAAAUCAGCCAGCAAGAUUUACAACUACAGACUCAACAGGAGCAACAGCAGGAACAGCAGGAGGAGCAACACCAACCGCAGGAGCAACUGCAGGAACAGCAGGAGGAGCACACUAAGAGCUUACCCUUGUUGCCGCAAGUGCUUGAGCUCAUCGAUCGCGUGGUGGUCGCCAACUCAGAGGUCGUCGAGCUCAGCGAACCGCAAAAGAAGCGACAGCGUCGCGUUUAUGUCGCCAACUCCACGCGCUGCGCCAGCCUACGGUCCCAGAAUAAGCCACCACCACCACCACCAGGAGGUGAAGGUGAAGUAAAGCCGCCGAGCCCUUCAUCCUUGCCGCCAGCGCAGGCCGCUGCCUCGCCGACGCCGACCGAGUCGCCCAUUGAGUAUAUCAAGCCAGAACAAUUUAAGCCGGAAUUUUGGAAUUGCAUUGAGGAGCAGGAGCCGGAGCGGAAAACCGCUGCCAAAAAGCGACGCGGCGGCACCGCUGGUGGACGCACUCGGACGCGCCGAAAUCAAAUCCUUAACGACCUUGAGAUAUAUUCACCGGAAACGGCGGCUGCCAUUGCUGCGGCACAGGCCGAACUCGACGCCACAGGAAAGAGCACUGGAAAGGCCAUAAGAGGCAGAGGCGCCAGCAGAGCCAGCCGAAAGAGGAUACUCACUGACACAACAACAACAGCAACAACAUCAACAUCAACCACAACUUCAGCAGCGAUGUCGUUGUACGACCGACGCUAUCAAAGCACCACCGAUGAACGGCGAGGUGUUGCCAACGGAUAUGGGUCGGGCAACAACGGACUGCGUGCAGGCAAUGCCGCCGGCCAGGGCUCAGCAUCCGGAGCCAGUGAUAUUGGCGAGUCGCAAGAGAUGUCGCAGAGUGGCCAUCAGUAUUAUGGAUCCGCCGGCAGUAGCAAUCCCACAGGAGCGGGCUCUGGACUCAAUGGUAGUGCAUCAGCUGCCCUCAAUCAUGCCCCCUCCAUGGGCACGCUGUGCAACAUUGGUAACACAUGCUACUUGAACUCGGUGGUGUACACACUGCGCUUUGCCCCCCACUUUCUGCACAAUUUGCACCAUUUGAUCCAAGAUCUAACCGUGGUCCAGCAGACAAUGGUGCGCCAACAGCAGGCCUCUAAGUCGGCGUCACUGGGCCGCAAUGUGAGUGCGGCCCAGUUGGAGCAUGCGCGCAGCUGGAGUAGCAAGGAUCUGGUUGCCAGCACAGAUCAACAGCAGCAGCAGUACAGCGGACUGAAUGGCGGUAGCAGCGGAGCAGCGAGUAGUGCCAGCAAUGCCAAUGCCAGCGGUUCCGGGAAGCCCAGUCAUCAGUCGGUAACGGAGAAUCUCCACGAGCUGUACAACAAUCUGCACGGUAACGAGAUGGCCGACUCUACGGAGCCCUACCAUGCUGACACGCUGCUGCAUGCCAUCCAGGAUGUCAAUGCCACCUUCGAGGGGAAUCAGCAGCAGGAUGCUCACGAGUUUCUCAUGUGCGUGUUGAACUGCAUCCGGGAGACGAACCAGUCACUGAUCAAGUCCAUCGGCGAGUGUCCGGAGGUCAUUGCAAAUGGCUACAUAGCCAAUCCAGACGAUGUGGACUCGGGUGAGGGCCAGGAUCGCACGGAUUCCGCUGCCAUUUCGAGCAACAACGGGUCGUUGGCCACAACUAGUCACAUAACCACAACCAAAACGUCAUUCUUCUCACGAAAAUCGAAGAGAAAAGACGAGGUAAAGUCAUCUAAGGCGACGCGUAUUCAGUCGCCGCUCAAGGACAAGGACAAUAGUCCCACGACAACGGGCGGGAUCUCCGGAGCCGGCCAUGCCACGGCCAAUAGCCUGUUCUACCUGAACACAGUCGAUCUCACCGGUGGCGGUGGUGGAGGCACUCCCACGCCGCCGCCAGCGAUGCCACAGCCCACAAAAUACUCGAGCGACGACGACACCAACUCGGCCACGCUGCUCAAGGACAAAAUGCGACUGGAGGAGCGGAUAAAGGAGCUGAAUCUGAACUUCUUUAGCUCCGAUUUCGAGGGCAUUGUAGUGCUGACCACCAAGUGUCUUAGCUGCGAGACGGUGACGCGGCAGAAGCAGGGCAUGCUCGAUAUUUCGGUGCCAGUGCCGAUAUCCGGAUAUGACAACGAGCUACAAGACAAGCAGCCCAGCACUUACAUCCAGAGCUCCUGCAUGACCAAGGAGUACUUCCGCGGCGAGAACAAAUACAGCUGCAAUCAGUGCACCGGCUACACCGAGGCCAUACGCUCCAUCUCGUACGAGGUGCUGCCCCGGCUGCUGGUCAUCCAGUUGAAUCGUUUCUCUGGCGGCAUGGAGAAGGUGAGUACGUAUGUCCCCACCACCUUUACGCUGCCGUGCUUCUGCGCCAAGUGUUGUGAUCUUGCCGAGGGCCAUAAGCUCCAUGUCUACAAGCUGUACAGCGUCAUUACCCAUGUGGGAGCCACGCUGACGGUGGGCCAUUACAUUGCGUAUACGUGCUUCCUGGACUUGGCCAGCGACUAUGUGAACUGCCCCAAAGAUCGCAGGAAUACGAUAAUGACGGGCAACACACAGACGAUAGCCGCAGCAGCGGAAGCGGAAAAUUCAGCUCCUAGCAGCACACCAGUGGCAGCUGCUGCCUCAGCCUUGGCCUCCUCCGGCAGCAAUCUGAUGAAAAAGAUGAAGUUUGGACGUGGCAAGACUUCGAGCAGCGGGGAUUUGAGCAAGAACCUGAAGCAGCUGAACGGGAUUAGCAGCAAGACCAUCACCAAUGGCAUCGGGAAGCUGAGCAUGAACAACACGAUCUGCCACGGCGUCCAGUGCUGUGCCAUGCGGCUCUGCUGCAGCAACAGCAGCAACAGCAACUCGGCCAGCUGCAGUGACUUUAGCGAGGAAUCCCUGCAGAAUGGCAGCAACAGCAAUCUCAGCUCAGGAGGAGCGUAUCCCACGGGCUACGGCAGCACUGGACGGGGCGGUGUCAAGGCCAACUAUGUCCACGGCGGCCCCGAUCCCAUCUGGUAUAUGUGUGACGACGACAAGAUCAAGGCAAUGUCACAGCGGGAGUUUGAGGAGCUCCUAUCGCCCACGCGGAAGAUCACGAUAACUCCGUACUUGCUGUUCUACGCACGAUUCGAUCUACAGACGCCCGCCAAGCCGGGAACAUCCUCAACGCCGCCGCCGCCGGCGCAGCCACCAGGCUCGGCGCAGAGCUCCUCCUGGUCGAAUGACAACAGUAAAAUUUGAGGUGUUCAGGCAAACACAUAUUUAUCGGAAAAUAUAUAUAUGUAUAAGGACGUGGGAUGUAUAAUUAGUAAGCAAAUGAAGAAGUCUGUUUGUUAAACAAAUAUGUAAUAUCGUACUAAGAGCUCUAUCGUUUACCUACAUGCAUAAUCUAACUAUUAGUUACAUCAUUUUCCCACAGUUUUUGAUUAUUAUGUAUAAGAUAGGUUCAGUUGAAGUCUGUUUAAUCGAUGCAUUUGAUGAUUUGCGCGUGUAUUUGUUGUAAUUAAUUAAUUAAGCUUCAAACGAAACACGAAUUUAAAACGUUGAGAACGACAGAGAACGCUAAAUCGAACGAAAUAACAAGGCAAGGGCUUUCGCUACAUUAAAUUAUAUUGCGACAGAAACAAAUUAAGCACACCUUUGUGAGUGUCAUUGUAAUAAUUAUAAUAAUUAUUAUUAAAUAAUAUGAAAAUAAUCAAGAAGUAUUUCUUCAAGGACACCAAGUCGAUCCCAGUUUUGUUUCAUGCGCAAUCUGUAAUAAUAAUCACAGCAUCUAAUAAAGUACAGUAAACACUCUCUGGACACACUCAAAAAUAUAAUA